GCCCGGGAGUGAGAGUCACACACGUUCACACUCACACGCUGCAAAGAUGCCUGGACAUCACUGCUGGGGCUACGGAGAGGAGAAUGGUCCCAGCGAUUGGUACAAGGAUUACUCUUUAGCCAAUGGAGACAGACAGUCUCCCAUUGACAUUCAGUCUGAGCAGACGGUGUACAACUCCAGCCUCAAGCCUAUCUGGGUGUCCUACGAUGCUUGUACCUCACUGUCCAUCUGCAACAAUGGCCACUCGGUCAUGGUGGAGUAUGAAGACUGUGAUGAUAAAACUGUGAUCAGAGGGGGGCCCCUGGAGUUUCCCUACAGACUGAAACAGUUCCAUUUCCACUGGGGAGGGAAGGACAGCAGAGGCUCCGAGCAUACAGUCAACGGCAAGUCUUAUCCUGGAGAGCUACACCUGGUGCACUGGAACGCAGCGAAGUAUAAAAGCUUUGAUGAAGCGGCUUCGGCCCCGGACGGGCUGGCGGUGCUUGGGGUGUUCCUGGAGACCGGCGAGAAGCACAGUGUCUUACACCGGCUGACGGACGCUCUCUACAUGGUCAGAUUCAAGGAAACCAAGGCCCAGUUUAAGGACUUUAACCCUUCGGGUCUCCUCCCCGACUGCCUGGAUUACUGGACCUACCGCGGCUCACUGACCACACCUCCCCUGCAUGAGAGCGUCACCUGGCUGAUGUUGAAGGAACCACUAUACUUGUCUGAGAAGCAGAUGGAGAAGUUCCGGACACUCUUUUUCUCAGGGGAGGAGGAGGGGUUGAGGACCCGGAUGAUGGACAACUUCCGCCCCCCUCAACCCCUCAAGGGGAGGACGGUUGAAGCCUCGUUCAGGCGUUCGGCCCACAGACGCCAGUAACCACUGCGGGACUCCAGCAGGGGGCGGUGGAGAGGCCGAUUGUCUGAGAGUCGCUCAGCACAGAUUUAAUUACUGUCAAAUUGUUCGUCUCAGGGCUGGAAUCCUGCAUCAUCCACCUUCAGGCUGUGUGAUCGCAGGAGGGUGGACUCCUGUAGGGUGGGGCAGAUACUAGACACCCCCAACCACUCCCGUAUAUAAACUGUGGAUUUCUUCCCUGGACUUGCGGUGGGUGUGGUAACCAAUGGAUUCACACAAUGGGUGAAAUCUCUUGUUUGCUGUAAAUCAUUGCCAUUGUUGCAACACGACCCAUAUUCUGUUAAUCGUCUCUUCAUGCACUGAUCAGCCAUCAGGUGUCAUUAGCACAAUCACUACAUUCCGUUAUUCCAGAGAAAUAGUGACAUCUACAAGUUUUGCUUUAUAAAAAAUAAUUUUCGUCUCAAAUUGUUGAUGAGGUGGCCUAGAACGGUGAAGCAUUCUGCAACGUCAAUCCUCAUUUGGAAACUGGUUUCUUUACGAAAUGCAGGAAAGACUCAUCCAAACGGGGCCUAAAGUGCAGGAUGUUCCCACAGUUCUGGAAUGUUCUAUGGUUUACAGACCAAGUUGGGCAGGGGGGAGCGGUCAGAUUUCCUAACGGGGAUUGGCUUCAGUUACUGACUUCCUAAUUAAUUCCUUCAAAUGGAAUGUGAGAAAUCAACCUUCAGAUUGUCUUCCAUGAGUUUAAUAAUGAUAAUUAUAAAAGAUUAUUUAAUAUUCCAUGCACUUACUACCUUUCACUUAUGAAGGAAGGACAUCUCAAAAGUCCUUCACAAGAUGUAAUGACUGAGUUUAUUUAACAAUAAUAAAAGAUGGCACAUGAAAA